CCUUAAUGGCCUUUUACAGUACUAGUGCAGUACAAUAUUGGACAUCACGCCCGUAUAUGGCGCCCUGGUAAUUGACAACACCACACUUAACGCACAUCGACCACUUCUGCAACUGGAUCUCGAACACCCAAGAGGGCUUGCGGGGCCUUGAAGGCAUCUUUUGCUGACCCAUCCGCCCAUCUGCCAACACAUCUGCAUCUGCAUCUACCUUGCGAUGCUUUCCAGAUCACCAUCUUCCUCUGGCUUGCUCCCCCUCCCAGGCUCACCAGGUUCAUCAUGGGCCAUGUACAAAGCCAGAUUCAAGGGAUUGUUCAGUGGCGCAGAUACAUCGGUAUUGGCAGCUUUUUGGCUGUUUGGUAUGUCUUCUCCUCGAUAUGGGAAUGCGGAAAACGGAAUACCUAUAAUCCUUAUCUAUAUAAUUCUCCAAGAACACAAACACCACUAACACCCACUAAUAGGCCUCAUAAAUAACCUUUCAUAUGUGAUAAUCCUCUCUGCUGCCCAAGAUCUUGUCGGUCCCGAUGUCCCAAAAUCAACUGUCCUUCUCGCAGAUGUCCUCCCGUCCUUCUUCACGAAACUCGUAGCACCUUACUUUAUUCAUCAUGUCCCAUAUCGGCUGCGUGUACUUGUUAUGACUGGCCUUUCAGUAGGAGGAAUGUUUAUAAUUGCUCUCACGCCCAAUUCUGUACCAGUAAAACUCUUUGGGGUGGCAUUGUCGAGUCUAAGUAGUGGUGCUGGAGAGCUGAGUUUCCUAGGAUUGACACAUUAUUAUGGUUCCUUCAGUUUGGCGGCGUGGGGUUCAGGAACAGGAGGGGCUGGCCUUGCUGGGGCGGGCAUAUAUGUCUUUUUGACAAGCACAUUGGCUCUCAAGGUUAAGACGUCUUUGAUGGUGUGUGCCUGCUUGCCCUUCAUCAUGCUUAUAUCGUUCUUCCUCAUCUUACCACUUGGGCCCUUGAAACGGGUAUCCAUGGCAAAAGACUACACGAACUUGCCAAACGAUGAACCACCGACCAUAAUACGAGAAGAUUUCGACGACCAAACUAUUUCUACUCUUCCCAUUUCCGCUGUUUCUGAAUCACUUCUAGCCCCAGGCCCUUCAACCACAUCAGAAGCAUACAGAACCCACUCACCACGCCCACACUCUCCAACUGCCUCUCACCGCACCAGAAACACAUUCAAAGACAAUUUCCGCCGCGCUCGUCUCCUAUUCUUCCCCUACAUGCUCCCCCUCUUCCUAGUCUACGUUGGCGAAUACACAAUCAAUCAGGGCGUCACACCCACACUUAUCUUCCCCCUCCCCUCAACCCCCUUCAAAGCAUACCGCUCCUUCUACCCCUUCUAUGCCCUCCUCUAUCAACUUGGCGUCUUCGUCGCUCGCUCAUCCACCCCCUUCAUCCGUCUCCACCAGCUCUACCCACCCACCUUCUUACAGAUUCUAAAUCUGAUCCUUCUUCUUACUCACUCAAUGUACUUCUGGAUUCCCUCUGUGUAUCUUGUCUUCCUGAUCAUAUUCUGGGAAGGAUUGCUGGGUGGAGCGGUAUAUGUAAAUACCUUUGCAGAGAUCAUGGAGAAGGUUCCGGAGGGCGAGAGGGAGUUCAGUCUGGGUGCGACUAGCGUAAGUGACAGUGCGGGGAUUUGUGUGGCAGGAUUUAUUGGAGUGGGUUUGGAGCCUUGGCUGUGUGAAUUUAAUGUUCAGGCUGGGAGGAAUUGGUGUCGAGAGAUGGGAAGUUAGAAUCUGAUGGAUUUGAUGAUUGGUAUUAGGAGUUUUUGAAUAUAGAGGAGAAUGUUUUCUUGGCGUUUGGGAUGUCUUAUACCACUAUUUCUGCUUUAGUAGUUCGACAUGAUGAUGGACUUUUACUUGUGUCCUCCAAUUUUGGAAUACAAAGCGUACUUCCAGCAGUUCCUCGGUCUCCCGCACUCUGCGAGAAAAGUACAACAGGUGGUAACUUCCUAUAAACCCAUUCUCUCCUCCACCCAAAGAAAACAAGAUCCAUCCAUCCUUAUCCCAAGACUCAAGAGUCAAGCAGAAUCCUCAAACCAUAACAAGCACCACUAAGAUUUCACGACGUGCAACAAACGCAAAUAGCCUUCGUACAGUACAGUCCUUGAAUCUGAGGAUAUAAGAUUUUGUGAAAGGCUUGAUUCGUAAGCCUAAGUUUGGUUAGUCUGUCUUUUGAUGACAGGUCAGAGUGGUGUUGAUUGGCUGGGUAGAUAUAUAGAUACUGUAGUUUUUUGGGAUUAGAUGGUGUGGAGGAGUUGAUGAUUUGGUAUUGUGAGUUCUGGGUUGGGUUUUAUGAUUUGGUUGUUUGGGGGGUUAUGGGUGUGGUCGGGGUGGUGGUGGUGGUGUUGGAUGGCUGCCUGACU